CAUCUCUUUCCCUAACGUGGACAUACAUCUUGUCGCUGCGGCCUCUUCACGCCGAUUCGUGCACCUCUCGAUUCCUGACGUCGGAUUGCAACCCAAAUUUGGGGAAAAACCCUAGCCUUAAUCCGAGGUCUUGACUCCGCCUACGGAUCGACUCCUUGGCGGAUUACCGCGGCGAGACUUGGAGGGGGAGUGUCGAGUUUCAGUCGAAUUGGAGGGUUUUGUAGGAUCGAGUUGAUGAAGGAUCCUACCGAUCGAACGAAGAUCGUGGUUCGGCGCCUGCCUUCGUCGAUGUCUUCGACGACGCUCGUGGAGCAGAUCGACAGUAGGUUCGCUGGUCGCUACGAUUGGUUCUGCUUUCGCCCCGGGAAGAAUAGCCAAAAGGACCAAAGACAUUCUCGAGCAUAUAUUAACUUCAAAAGACCAGAAGAUGUGGUUGAGUUUGCUGAGUUCUUUGGUGGGCACAUAUUCGUCAAUGAGAAGGGUGCUCAGUUUAAGGCUCUUGUAGAGUAUGCACCAUCUCAACGAGUUCCAAAGCUGUGGUUAAAAAAUGAUGGUCGUGAAGGGACCAUAUCUAAGGAUCCUGAAUACAUGGAGUUUCUUGAACUUGUAUCAAAACCCGCAGAACAUCUUCCUAGUGCAGAGAUUCAGUUAGAGAGGAAAGAAGCUGAAAGAGCUGGUGCUAUAAAGGAAGCACCCAUAAUAACACCAUUAAUGGAUUUUGUUCGACGGAAAAGAGCAGCUAAAAAUGGUUCUCAGAAAUUAUUCGGCAAUGGUAAAGUUAGUAAACGAUUGGGAGUUUCUGCUAGCCCUUCAAGUUCUUCUGCCAAAAGAGGUUCUGAUAGGCGUAAAGUUGCAACUUCAAAUUACGUGCUUAAGGAUAGCAUGAAAAAACGAGGCCUUAAAGACAAACCAACAUACAUUUUGAUGUCAAGAAAGGAAGACCAGAUGUCUGCAUCAGAUAAAUCUGUUAAUGUACCUUCUACGAUUGAGAAGGAAGGAGUAGAAGAUGAAUUUGGCCCAGGAGUUGAAUCUGGAAAAACCAGAUUUGUGCUUUUGAAAGGGAAGGAGAGAGAAUCUUCUGAUGCGCCUAGAGUUUUAGCACAACACCAGAUUGUAGCAUCUCCAGUCAAAGGUUCACCUAUUUUUUCAUCUAAAAAAAACCAGACGAGUGGAAGGAUCAUUAAAAGCAUACUCACAAAGGAGGGUCGUAUGGAUUUUUCAUUUAUAAAUACCACCCAUACUGAACAACAAAUGCAAGUGGCAAAUGUAGAGGACAAGCAUCCAUCUCGACCUCCCAGUGCAAGCUUGAAUUCCAAGGAUCACAUACCAUGUAUUUCAUCGCUUGCAUCUGUUUCUGAUGAUGAUAAAAAAUAUACAGAUGGUAAGGCUGCUGUAGACAACAAACAUGUUUCUGUAUCGAGCGAAAAACAUGAAAGGCGAACUAGGAAUAAAGACAGACCUGAUCGUGGUGUUUGGGCUCCUCUUCGUCGUCCAGAUAGAUCUCAAUCUAAUGAUAGAAUUCCUCCUGAAGUGGUCCAGCUGUCAGCUAAUUCUUCAGAAGGCUUAUCCGUGUCUCAACAGGCAGUUGGGAAAGUUCGGGAGGACGAGGUGGUUAUUCAGACACGCAAUGCACGUGGUAGUAACUUGCUUGCUGCCCAUGAAACACCAUUGGGUUAUGGAGAAAGAAAACCUGAUCUGUCCUAUGCAAGUAGAAGUGAAGAUAUAAAGAUUCACGGAGGCAGACGAGUUGAUUAUUCUGGAGCUGAAAAUGGUUCUCAUAGGCAUGUUGGGCGUCGUGGAUCAUUACGUAGUCUGAAGGACACAGAUAGCUCCUUGAAUCCUUCAGAAGGAAAGAAUUCCAAGAGAGGUUCUACUGCCUAUAGUUCGUAUGAGAGACAAGUAUGGGUUCAGAAGUCAGGCUCGGCUUCAUGAAUUUUGUACUGAAUGCAGGAUACAUAUGAUGCUGCAGAUUAGCCAAUUGUGGCAAUGUUCUGUUUCAAGCUCAUUGUUAUGAGUUCUUGAUGAUGUAAAGUGCAGUGGCAGUGCCUCUCUGGGUAAAUGCUGCUUGAAUUUUGCUAUUACCAAAUUGGUCCACAAGCACAGCUAUAACUCGUCAGUAAGGAAAAGGAUGAACUAAACCACAUCGAAGGUGAAAUAAAUUUGCUAAUGGUCUGCAAUUUUCUGUGAAUAACCAUCUACUUGAAGCUUUAGUUUGUGAAAGGAUGGUAGUUGCAGUUGUUGGCCUGGAGUGCCAAGUCUUUCUCCCACUCCAUUAUGUUGGCUAAGAUAUUUCCAGCACAAACCUCCAGUAGAACUUCUCAAGUAUUUUAUCAACAACAGUGCGGGAGCUUUUCGGAGCAACUGUUCUUGGUUGGUUUUGUUUCUACCGUUGUUUAUAGGUUUGAGAAGCCUUGUAUGGCCAUGAUGUUUCAGUGAACUCGUUUUGGUGAAUACUUGUGUGAUACUAGGAAACUAGUAUUUCUCGACAAAUAUAAGUUUGUCAUUAGUGUUUUUAGAGUCGAUAGCGUUGAAAUCGUGCCAAGUGAUGUCUGUGGAUGAUGUUACUGGUUUUUAGUACAUCCAUGACGUCUGUGGAGAUGCA